AUGGCGGCGCUGUACUCGUGCGCCGCACAAAUUGUAGAUAAAGUUACAAAGAAACAAGGCACUGCUAAGAACUUGGUUAUCAACAGUCGAUUUCCCAAGAAGAAGAAGCUUUACGCGUUGGUGUGUGAAACACUAAAAUACAGAGGGAUUUUGGAAGAUAUCUUUGAACAAACAAGACUUCUAAAACUUGAGAAAAAGCUCAAACAUAGUCAUGCCUUAGUGUUAGUGUACGACUUCCUGUUUGGCCAAGGAAUCCAAUGUGGUGGAGAGUUGAAACAGUUCAUUUUGAAUCACAAAUCAGCCCUUCAGUCAUGUUUGGCACGUUUGAAGGUCCGAACCAAGGUUCAUUGCAAUGAGGAUCUUUUACCUAAACCUGCAUUAGAGACAGGCUCAAUUCCAAGAUAUGUACGAAUCAAUAGGAUAAAGACAACACUGAAGGAUGUCAUUAGGGAUUUUGAAAAUAAUGGUUAUCAACUAGUGGACCAACAAGAUAUUGCUUCAUUAGCUGCACAGGUCAAGAAUUCUUUAGACAAGCAGUUUAUGUGCGACAAACACCUCUCAGAUGUCCUGGUGUUCCCAGCAGGAACAGAUCUGCAUGAUCAUCCUCUUUACGUCAGUGGACACAUCAUACUUCAAGAUAAAGCAAGUUGCCUACCAGCACAUGUCCUAGCUGCCCCACCCAGUUCUCAUGUGAUCGAUGCCUGUGCUGCUCCUGGGAACAAAACCAGUCAUGUGGCGAGUUUGAUGAAUGAUACAGGGAAAAUUUUUGCAUUUGACAGUGACAGAAAGAGGUUAGCAGUAAUGCAAACUCUGAUGAAGAAAGCUGGAGUGGAAUGUGUCAUGAUGACAAACUGUAGUUUUCUGAAAGUAAAUCCCUUAGAUAAGAAGUACAAUAAAGUACAGUACAUUGUGGUAGAUCCAUCAUGCUCUGGGUCUGGUAUUGUCAGCAGGAUGGAUAGCAUUAUUAAUGAAGGGAAAGACAAGCCUAGCAAAGAGGAAAGACUUCUAUCACUUGCCAAGUUUCAGUUGUCUGUGUUAAACCAUGCCUUGUCCUUUCCUCCUGUAAAGAGGGUGGUCUACUCAACAUGCUCCAUUCAUCAACAGGAAAAUGAAGAUGUGGUGGAGGCAGCUUUAAAUGCAAACAGGGACAGAUUUUCACUGGAGCAUGCUUUACCAUCCUGGACACACAGGGGAAUGGCUGUGUUUCCUGAGGCAGAGAGAUGCAUCCGAGCUUCACCUGAUCAAGAUUUCACCAACGGUUUUUUCGUGGCACUUUUUGUGAGGAAUGGCAAUGAGACUGAGUUGAAUCACAAAACCUUAGAAAGCAAUGGUUCACAACCUGGACGAAAAAGGAAAAGAUCUCUAGAAGACGUAACACAAUCAGUGAAUGAUGACAAUAACAGCGAUUCUGCACAUUCAUCAGCGUAUGUAAAUCUGUCACCGAAGAAAAAACGUCGUAAAAAGAACAAGAAACACCAAGAAGUGAAUUUAGCAGAACAGUCUAGAAAUAUGAAUUUGGGAAGAAAUAUCGAACGGGAAAAGGAUAAAAAGAAACGUAAACGAAAAAAGAAGAAUAAAAAGGUUUCUGUUUGCUCAUGA